AUGAAGGAGGGAGGGACGGUGAGGGCGGGUGUAGCUGUAUAUCCCAACUCUUCCUUUACAGAAGGUGCUGUUGUGUCUACUGGUGGGCGUGGCCGCCGCUGCCAAGCUGCCUUCCUUCCCCUACCAAGGCAUCGGACGUCCGCAGAAAGGCAGCUUUCCCCAUGGAAAGCUAGUACCUGCGCAGCAAAGCCUCUUCCCUCACCAGGGCAUCGGGCGCCCACAGCACGGCAGCUUCCACUUGAUAAGCUAGGAGUUCCAUCCUUCCCUCCCGAGGGCAUCGGACGCCCACAGCACGGCAGCUUCCCACUUGAUAAGCUAGGAGUUCCGUCCUUCCCUCCAGAGGGCAUCGGACGCCCACAGCACGGCAGCUUCGGCGACCACUUUCAUGAUUUUGUCCCUGUCGACUCUUCAAAGGAACACGGCGGCCCUCCACCAGGCAGCGCCCCUGGUGGUAUCGUCAGCUCCUUUAGGCCGCCACGUCCCCAGCAAGGCUUCCCGCCACCAGGCAGCGCCCCUGGCGGAAUCGUCAGCUCCUUCAGGCCUCCAAAGCCCCAGCAAGGGUCCCCGCCACCAGGCAGCGCCCCUGGCGGUAUCGUCAGCUCCUUCAGGCCUCCAAAGCCCUCACGACCCUUCAAGCCAGCAGGACCUACGGGGUCCGGCCUCCGUCCCGGCAUUGCCCCCGGGGAGGGCGGCCCAGUGAUCCCCAUCCUGGUGGACGAGCGGGACGGGCCCCACGCUGACGGCACCUACAGCUUCAACUUCGAGACCGGCAACGGCAUCUCCCGCCAGGAGCAAGGAUACCCGCAGGAUCCCCAGGGCGCCGUGGAGUCCCAGGGCGGCUGGUCCUUCACCUUCCCUGACGGCACCCCCGGCGUGUUCAACUUCGUGGCUGACGAGAACGGUUACCGCAUCGAGUCUGACCUCCUGCCCACGCCCCACCCGCUGCCCGCCCACGCCCUUGCGCAGAUCGAGUUCGCCCGCCAGCAGGAGGCGCAGGUCAAGCCUCAACCACACGGAGACUACGGUCGCUAGUGAAACAAGUCGGGGCCUUUGGAGUGACCUGGGGGAUUCCGUGCCUCUGGAGGAUCCUACUGUCCCUGAUCCUGCCCCUCCCCUCACCUGACGCCUGGCGCGCCACCCCCUCUGUACGCUUGUUAGGUUAAGUGUCAACGUGUCCCUGUCAUUUCCCGCCGCCACCUGUACCUCCAAUAAAACGGGAACAAACGCU